ACCUCAAUUUUUGCUCAACUACUGCCGCGUAUUCCCUCCCAAAAAACUCUCCCCUCCAUGGAAAACACUAACCUCUCUUUCCGGAUAACAAUAAUUUCCAUUUUCCAUUCACAAUCAAAGUUUUGAAUCAGAUUACACACACACACACACAAAUCAUGUCAGGCGGAAUCGGCCCAACCGGCGACAUCACCCUCCCCAACGACGACGACCACAACCACAACCACCCCGAACCCGCCGGCAAACCCUUACCGCUCUUCACCUUCCGCCAGCUCAACUGCCUCGCCGUCGCCGUCGUCCUCUCCGCCAGCGGCAUGGUCAGCCCCGAGAACCUAGCCUUCGUCCUCUUCUCCCUCAUCUACAUCCACUUCAUCGCCAAAUUCGCCUUCCCCGCCGCCUCCGCCCGCCCCGAUCCCCCCGUCUUCGGCGAGACCAACCGCCUCCUCAGCCUCUACGUCGCCGUGGCCGCCGUGAUCGGCCUCUUCCUCCCGAUCGCCUACAUCUUCGAGGGCGUUUUCGAGGGCGACAAGGCCGGGAUCAAGGCCGCCGCGCCGCACGUCUUCCUCCUCGCCAGCCAGGUCUUCAUGGAGGGGCUCACCUUCUCCAGCCGCUUCUCGCUGCCGAUCCGCGUUUUCGUGCCGGUUUUUUACAAUUCGCGGCGGAUCUUCACCAUCGUGGAUUGGCUGAGGAGCGAGAUCUGGAAGGCGGAGGAGGGGACUCUCAGAUCUAGAAGGCUGUAUGUAGGGAGAGGUCUCGCCAUUGCAAACAUGGCGUUUUGGAGCUUCAAUUUGUUUGGCUUUUUGCUCCCUGUUUAUCUGCCUAGGGCUUUUAGGAUUUAUUAUCAAUCAUCUCACAACAAAAUUAAUUAGUAACUAUGUCUAAUGUCAUUUCCAUGUAGAUUUGUUUGGAUCUAUUUGGUUGUAUUUGGCGUAUGUAUACAAAUGUUAAAAGUUCAUGUAUUUAGAUGCAAAAUACUAAUCUUUUUAAUGAUAA